UGAGCGUUGACGUAUUUGACACAUUAUAAAAGGAGCCCCGUGCCCGUUGUCUGGGGCUGUUCUGUCUGGUCGUUCUGUGUAGUCUCGGAGUGUUCUCGGAGUGUUCUCGCUAGACUCACUAGACAAGAAACACUUCAGACAAACAAAGAUAUAUUCACACACACAAGAAAAAAUGGCUUGCGGAUGCUCCUCUACCAAAAACGUUGUUGAACCACAAUCCCCACAGACAGACUCGUGCGGCUGCUCGCAGCCUGCCAAGGAGAUCUCGCAGUGCUCGUGCGCCAAGAAGUGCCAGUGCGAGAACGGGUGCAAGUGCAGCUCGUGCGCCGACGACAAGUCGGUGUGCGUGUGUCCCACACCGAAGUGCGUGUGUCCAGGCGCCUGCGGCUGCGGCCACUGUGCAGACGUCGCCUCCUCCGCGAGACAGACCGCAUGCGCAUGUUGAUGGCGAGCCCGGCGUCGGCACACCGUCCCCCCUCUAUAGGCUUAUGUAACUGAGAUACAGAUAGGAAAAAAAAUGGUAUAUUUACUGGUUAAUCGAUCUAGGGAGUGAAA